AGUAUUUAACACAAAAAAGUUUGGAAAAAUCGAACUUAUAGUAUUUUUCGCAAAUCUUGCUUAGCAAAAAGCCGAUAAACUGUAGAAUAUACAAUAUAAAAAAUGGGAGAGCAGCCGAUUUUUACCUGCCAAGCGCAUGUUUUUCAUAUUGAUCCAAAGACAAAACGCACUUGGAUUACAGCUAGCAUGAAGGCUGUGAAUGUGAGUUUCUUCUAUGAUUCGUCGAGAAAUUUAUAUCGCAUAAUUAGUGUGGAGGGCACCAAGGCUGUUAUAAAUUCCACCAUUACUCCCAAUAUGACUUUUACGCAGACUUCCCAGAAAUUUGGUCAAUGGAGUGAUGUGCGAGCAAAUACCGUAUAUGGGUUAGGUUUUGCUUCAGAAGCCGAGUUAACCAAGUUUGUGGAAAAAUUUCAAGAGGUUAAAGAAGCCACAAAAAAUGCCUUAAAGUCGGCAAAUGGGUCUACAGCUGUGACCCCCACUACCUCAGCCAAUACGUCGCCAAUAAGUUCUCGUACAGCGAAUAUGCAACAGAAUGACAAUACUUCAAUUGAUCCCCAUGCCGUAGAACCACCCAAUAUGACAAAUACGCAAAAUGCUCAAAAUGCUAACCCUGACAGCCCUUCCCAUAAACUUCUGCCCGCGGCUGUCGAUACGAAAGCAGAACAUGCAGUAACUGCGCCAUCGCCAGCUCCAGGCAUAACUAUGACUGCUAGCAGCGGUGGCGGAGGUGGGGGUAGUGUAGUGGGAAUACACACUGGCGGUGGUUCCGCACCUACUAGCGAACAACAAUUGAAGUAUGAAAAUGAACGCUUAAAAUUGGCUUUAGCUCAAAGCUGUGCCAAUGCCAAAAAAUGGGAAAUUGAAUUGGCUACUCUCAAAAAUAAUAAUCUACGCUUAACUAGUGCUCUGCAGGAAUCUACCGCUAAUGUUGACGAAUGGAAACGACAAUUACACACUUAUAAGGAAGAGAACAUUCGACUUAAGCGUGAAUUGGAAUUGAUGAGAUCGAGCGGAGCAGGAAGUUCUGGGGGCACAGGCAAUAAUACCGACUUAACGGAGGAAUUAAAUCGGGAAUUGGCGAAUCUUAAAGCGCGUAAUGAAUCUUUAGAAAUGGAGCUAAUGAAUCAAGGACUGCAAUUGAAAACAGCUAAUCUGAAUUUAAAAGAUACCAAUAAUCAAAAUAUGGCCAAAUUAAGUGAACUGAUUGUUUUGUCUGCAAAACAUAUAACGGGAUUAGUUGCUGUACAAAAGGACAUGGAAAAUGUUAUACAUCCAUCAAAAAGUACUUGAGAUAAAGAGUUUAGCCACUAUAAGAAGAUUUCUGAAGAGGCUUCUUUAAAAAAAUACAAUUUACAAUUUAGUAGUAUUUUAGGUCAACCAGGAGAUUCAGAAAGCACCCUCUCUAAUGUUACUUCUAUACAAACGCAA